GACGAAAUGAGAAUACAACGGAGCACGGCUGGGCUCUGUGAGGCUGAAGAGACUCUUAUGAAGAUGAUCAGAUCGUCAUCAAGCCCUGCAGAAGCCUGAUAAUGCCCCGUUCAUUUGAACCAGUGUGUUGGAGAACCACUGAAAACAUACAGGGGAGGGAGUCCCCAGGACCGGGGUCUUGCUGUUGCGAGUAGACGGAAGUUCCGAGUCUGAAACGUGAAGUAGUGUUGUGACGUUCACGAACGAACUAGUUAUUUUGAACGGCUCGUUAACAUGAACGAUGGGAACCGAGUCGCAGCUGGGAACCGUUCUUUUUUUUCGAGUUACAUGGGGAGGACCGCUGCCCAGCUGUGCGGUGCUUAUUAGAUAUGCAAAUAGCAUCACGCCACCUUGUGCACGCUGCCUUCACAGCAUGGAUCUCCUUAAGAGUCUGGAAAUCUACAUCCCAGUGGAGGCGGAAGUGAAAAGCAUCCCCCUGAAGAGUUUACCAAGCUCGGUGCUCAGACGAAUGAGCCUCCCCCUGUUUGACGCUGAGGGCUCCAGGAAGGACAAAGAAUCUCCAGAGGGCAUAUGGAUUUGUCCAGCAGUCCUACGGAAGAAAGGGCAGAAAGCGGCCUCCCGCGGGGGGGACAGCGGGAUAGAAAACAUGUCGUCCCUGAUGAGCAGAGAGUUUCAGUCUGCGCUGGGUCCCCACCGAAUAUCUUUUGUCUCCUCCAACCGUGCAGCUUACGCAGUGCUGAAGGACACCUUACCUGGGAACAAGGUCUCUGCCCACACACCCCACAGCUCCCUGUUACCUACGGGCUCUGUGCCACGGACCUACCAAUAUGCUGUCAUCAUCUACCACGGGUGCAUUUACCUGUCCAUCAAGAAGCCCAGUGAAAGCAGGAGUCAACGAGAGAAACGUGAACCACAGCCCGCCUCCCAGUCUGCCGUUCCUUCAACAUCUGACAUGUCAACUAAAAGCAGGAAGAAGCAGCGCCACUCCCCCCAGGCUUCUCUCAAACCUGCAGACAAAGAGCUGCAAAGGAAGAGGUUGCGUGUCACUCUGCCCCAAAUCUCCCCAAAUCAGCCAAAGAAUCUUCUCACAGAAUCAGAUCAGGAGCUGCUAAAUGACAACAGUCCCAAGAAGAAACACACCGCAUGUAAAGAACCACUCAGUGAAAACAGAAAGGAUGUUACAUUCAAGGGAAGAGAUCUAUCCUCAUCCAAGACUGCACGUUCUGUCCCUCAGUCCACUGACGGUGAGCAUAACCUGCACAGCCAUUGUCAUAAGGAUGCUAGAGGAGAGGAGGCUGCAGAGGAAGCAGCAGGUCCAGAACCAGCUUGGUUUCAGCCCCAGAGGGAGUGGGAGGAGGUGGCCCCCAGUGACAGUGAGAUACAGCACCUGGGCAGUGAAGAAGCUGAGAGCACCAAUCAAAACAACGAUAUGGGCGGUAAUAUGAAAAUUGACAGUGGUGAACCUGACAACGUUGUUGGCGUUGUAGCGCAAAGUAGCAACCAGAGCUGGACCAGGAACGAGUCUGGGGGUGCAGCUCGUGUUCCCACAUCACUACAGCAGGAGGUUGACUUCAAUGAGCUGGCACAAGAGGAGAGGAUCGCUCUGACGAAGGCCAGACUCAGACAGAGGAGCGCGGCUCUCAACAGCCUGCACCCCUCUAAAUGAGGAGCUCAGUCACAGUGAACAACAAAAGUGAUGCUCAUCAAGUUCAUUAGAAAGCAUUCCAAAUUGGCUUCACGGUAAUGGUUGUCAUAGGAAUGUUACAUUACAUGUAAUGUAAAAUCUUUGCUCUGUCUUGGCCGCUUUCUUUCUAACCUACUUCUGUCUUUAUGUACAUGUCUUGGUGAUUUUAUCUAACAGUUGCUCAUCUGUUGUGUUUGUGACUCAACCAGGAGACUUUCAUGUCCAUCCAAACCUCUUCUGAUGUUAAAACAUGGUGGGGACUUCUGAAAGCGUAGCCGGCUGAUGUAGCUGCCCCUUUCAUUCCUACAUAUCCAGCCUGCCCAUGACUUUGUUUCACUGGAGUGCCUCAGUUUAAAGAUGUUACUGUAAAUGUGGUUGCAAUAAAGAAAUUAGUGUAAA